UUUUUUUAACGAAGCAUAACUUUUUGUUCUUGAAUUAUUAUGUGGCGACACUAGCGCCCAUGAUGUUGACCUCGCCAUUAAGGUGCUUACGAUUCCAUACGUAGUAAUUGACAACACGUCAAAAAUGGCAGAAUCUGCACCCAGCAGGGCCGAAAUUGAGGAGAUUUUUAAAAGAUUACGGGCUAUUCCUACGAAUAAGACAUGCUUUGACUGCAAUGCAAAGAAUCCACCAUGGUCAAGUGUUACUUACGGAGUAUUCCUUUGUAUCGAUUGCUCAGCUGUUCACCGGAGCUUAGGUGUACAUUUAACAUUUGUACGCUCUACACAACUAGAUACCAAUUGGACCUGGCUGCAACUUAGAAAUAUGCAACUUGGAGGGAAUGCUAAUGCUAGAAAAUUCUUUUUGCAACAUAAUUGUACUUCAACUGAUGCACAACAAAAGUAUAAAUCACGAGCGGCUAUGCUGUACAAGGAAAAAUUGACACAGGCGUCUGCCCAGGCAAUGAGAAAAUAUGGCACAAAGGCUCUUCUUCCCUUACCUGAGAAAAAAGUUUUGUUACAUUUAGAACAAGAUGCAGAAGAACAAACCAUUGAAUCACCUGAGGUUGACUUUUUCAAAGAGCAUGAAAAUUUUGAGUUGUCAUCAAACGAAUCUACAGCACCUAUAGUAGAAAAACCGAUUCCCUUAUCGAAUCCUGUACUAAGUUCUGAAAAGAUCGCUGGAAGCAGUUUAUCACAUGCUUCCGAAGCUCCAAGCACAAUAGGCCCGACUGUUAAGCUCUUUGACAGCAGUGUGAGUUCCCAGUCGGACAGAAAACCUACAAUUGGUAUUAGGAAAGUUCAACCAAAAAGAUCAGGGAUGGGUGGGAAGAAAACAAGUGGCAUGGGCGCUCAGCGUGUGAAAACAAAUUUCGACGAGUUGGAAAGAAGCGUAACUGAGGCGAGUCGCGAAUCUCGAGAGAAAGAAGAUCAAGAGAGAGCACAAGAAGAGCAAGAUGCUAUUGACACUCGACUGGCGUAUCGUUACGAGCAGAAUCUAACAUUGCAGGCCAAGAAAGUAGAAGAGCGAACUAAGCAACUAGACCCGACCAAAGCUAGUCAAGCUGAACGUCUUGGAAUGGGUUUCAAUGCUCGCAGCGCUGCCAGCCAUUCAGCACUUGGUGACAUGCGUACAAUAACUCAAGAAUCUUCUAACAAGACAAUCACCGCCGCUGAACCCAGAUCAAGGGAAAUCUAUGCUGAACCAGAUUGUGUCAUGGGUGGAUUCGAAGAGUUUUAUACAUCUUUCUCGAAUCAAUAUUCCAGUAAUUCCAAUAGCAAAUCAUCACGUGCUGAAGAAAUCGUCAUCGUGGCCGAACCAGACGUUCCAAGACGAACGGUACCACGUUCUAAUAAUAGCAAAGCCGAGAGUAAUAAAACGGCUGAGGGUGAAGCUCAAAAGAAAUUUGGAAGCGCAAAGGCCAUUAGUUCUGAUCAGUACUUCCGUGAUUCCAGUGGUGACGAUUCCUGGGAACGUAAGAGCAAUUUGCGUCGAUUCGAAGGAUCAUCUAGCAUUUCCUCGGCUGAUUACUUCGGUACAGGAACAUCAACGCAACCCUCAUCUUCGUCGUCGAUGUCCAUGUCGCUUGGUGGCUCGAGUGGGGCUGGAAGUGUUGACUUAGAUGACGUCCGCGAGAGUGUACGUCAGGGUGUUAACAAGGUAGCCGGAAGACUUAGUUCUCUGGCUAAUGCAGCUGUCUCUUCCAUUCAAGAUCGAUAUGGAUAUUGAAAAUGGAACUUUAUUUGACCUACUAUUGUUGUUAUUAGGCAUUCAUUCUUUUCCCACGUGUGUUUACACGGGAUUGUAAAUAAAAGCCUCUAACGUAUAAUAGGUGCCGCGC